UUGGUGGUGCAGAAUUCUCCACUUGCCCCGCCUCAGAUCUUUCCUAACAUUACAGGAAACGGCAUUAAAAUAUUUACCAGAACCGAAACAUUUCGCUCAGUUCAGCGUCUGCACCACACGCCACAGAACAACCACCGCUCGAUCCAGUCAAGCCCCGCAGCAGCUGUCAGGAUGACCGUCAAAGUUCACAUCAUUUACUGUGGUGGAUGAGGAUACAGGCCCAAGUUCACCAAACUCAAGACGUUGCUUGAGGAUGAAUUCCCAGGCGAACUUGAGAUUACUGGUGAGGGCACACCCUCAACCACAGGCUGGUUUGAGGUGGAGGUAAACAACAAGUUGGUGCACUCAAAGAAGAAUAGAGAUGGAUUUGUUGACUCGGAGUCCAAAUUCAAGGCAGUUGUGACUGCCAUUGAGCAGGCCAUGGGGAAAUAAGCAUGAACUGAUCAUAGAGUUUUUCUUCUCUGUUUGUUGGACUCCUGGGCAGUGCAACAAUGAUGGUGACGUCCAAAGUGUUUUCAGCACGGAUGUUGCUUGAUGCUCUCAGCUCUUCCCGGGAGAAGACACUCGGAGCAGGAAACUCCCUAUGUAUACUGCUUCAGAUUAACGCUUUAACGGUUGAAAAUAAUAAAGGAAAAUAAAAAGGGAAAU